AUGGUUGUCGGAAACAAAGCCGAUUUCAACAGUCCACGACUUAUAAGUCUUGAUAUUGAGGUUGAGAAAUGUCAGGUGAUUGACCAUAAUGUGGUCAAUGGUGAGGACUACCUAAAUAAAGGAAUCAAACAUGUUGAUAUGAUUGUUGGAAAGAAAGCUGACUUGGAGAAGCCUGUUAAAGUGAAAUUAAUCUCCGUAACUGAUCAAACAAGUAAGCAUGGAGACAAUGACAGUUCGGCUCCCAUCCAAGCCGAAAAGAAAACAGGUCUAGAAUCUACAACACUACCAAAUUUUGGAAAUGAAUCUGAUCGUCUGGCACUGCUAGACUUCAAGAAAAGAAUCACUGAAGAUCCUCUCCAUAUCAUGAGCUCAUGGAAUGAAUCCAUGCAUUUUUGCAGUUGGAUAGGCACUAGAAGAGUCGUGACUUUGAACUUGCAAGCUCAAAAGUUGGCUGGCUCCGUACCACCUUCUAUAGGGAAUCUCACUUAUCUCACUGGAAUCAACUUGAUAAACAACAACUUUUAUAGUGCAGUUCCUCAGGAAAUGGGUAGUCUCUUGCGCCUGCAAUAUCUCAACAUGUCUCAAAUCUCCUUCGGUGGGACAAUUCUGACUAAUAUAUCUCGCUGUACGCAGCUGACAAUGAUUGAUGUUUUUUCCAAUAAACUCAUUAGGCCAAUUCCCGACCAACUCAGUUUAUUGUUGAAAUUAACUGUGUUAUUGAUUGGUCGGAACAAUCUCACUGGGACCAUCCCACGUUGGAUUGGGAACUUUUCUUCUUUGUUUGCACUUUCUCUUGGUGAAAACAACUUGCAUGGAAGCAUACCCAAUGAGCUGGGGCGUCCAACUGCUUUGCAGAGAUUCAUACUUACCUCAAAUAAUCCUUCUGGUAUGAUUCCUUCUUCGAUAUAUAACAUUUCCUCCAUAUAUUAUUUCACUGUUACUCAGAAUCAACUGCAUGGGGAGCCCCCACAAAACAUUGGCAUUACUCUUCCUAAUCUGGAGGUAUUUGCCGGCGGUGUCAAGAAAUUCACAGGAACUGUUCCAGCAUCAUUGUCAAAUGCUUCUAGACUUCGGAUUCUUGAUUUUGCUCAAAAUGGUCUCACUGGUAAACUCCCUGCUGAAAAUCUUGGAAGGUUGAAAUGGUUAAUUAGAGUGAACUUUGACAUGAACAGACUGGGAAUAAGUGCCGCAAUCACUUUGGAGGAGAAUUACCAGCCAGCAUCCAUAGCUAACCUUUCUACCCAGCUAAAAAUUCUUACUCUGGGGGAAAAUUUGAUACAUGGAAGCCUCCCUACUGGCAUUGGAAAUCUAGUAAACUUGACACUUCUGGGAAUGGAAGGUUACCACAUAUCUAAUAGUUUCCCUGAUGCAAUCGGGAAGCUUCACAAGUUAGAAGGUCUGGACUUGAAUCUGAAUAGAUUUUCAGGGCCAAUCCCAUCCUCCCUAGGUAAUUUGACUUCAGUGACAAGGCUCUUCAUGGAUGCUAAUAGGUUUCAGGGAUGCAUACCUCCAAGUCUUGGGAACUGCCAAAAUCUAUUGAUACUCAACCUUUCUAGUAACAAUCUAAAUGGCACAAUACCUAGAGAGGUAGUGGCGAUUAAAUCCCUUUCGAUUUCUUUGACCGUGUCUAACAAUUCUUUGACUGGUUCACUACCAUCGCCUACUAGAAAACUUGUCUUUUACGACGCGCAAAUUACGGCGUGCAUAUCGUGUGCGCCGUAA